AUGGCUGCAUCAUUCUCCUCCCUACCCAAUAAUACUGCAAUUGAAGAUGUAAUCUAUAGUGCUAAUACAAGUUAUGAUGUUAUCAGUGUGGUUGCACCAACAACUACAACGGCUGCACCAACAAGCACAACAGUUGCACCAACAACCACAACAGUUGCACCAACAACCACGACAGCUGCACCAACAACUACGACAGUUGCACCAACAACCACGACAGCUGCACCAACAACUACGACAGUUGCACCAACGACCACGACAGUUGCACAAACAACCACAACAGCUGCACAAACAACCACAACACAAGCAUCAACAACCACAACAGCUGCACCUACAACCACAACACAAGCACCAACAACAACGACAGCUGCACCAACAACCACAAGAGCUUCACAAACAACUACGACAGCUGAACCAACAACAACAACACAAGCACAAACAACCACAACAGUUGCACCAACAACCACGACAGCUGCAUCAACAACAACAACAACAGCUGCAGCAACAACUACAACAGCUGAAACAACAACCAAGACAUCUGCGGCAACAACCACGACAGCUGCACAAACAACCACAACACAAGCACCAACAACCACAACAGCUGCACAAACAACUACAACAGUUGCACCAACAACCACGACAGUUGCGCCAACAACCACGACAGUUGCACCAACAACCACAACAGUUGCGCCAACAACCCCAACCACGACAGCUGCACCAACAACUACGACAGUUGCACCAACAACCACGACAGUUGCACCAACAACCACAACAGUUGCGCCAACAACCACAACACAAGCACCAACAACCAUGACAGUUGCACCAACAACCACGACAUCUGCACCAACCACCACAACAACUGCAACAACAACUACGACAGUUGCACCAACAACUACAACGGCUGCACCAACAACCACAACAGUUGCACCAACAACCACAACAGUUGCACAAACAACCACAACAGUUGCACCAACAACUACAACAACAGCAGCACAAACAACCACAACAACUGCAUCAACAACCAUGACAGUUGCGCCAACAGCUGCACCAACAACUACAACAGUUGCACCAACAACUACAACGGCUGCACCAACAACCACAACAGUUGCACCAACAACCACAACAGUUGCACCACCAACCACGACAGCUGCACCAACAACUACGACAGUUGCACCAACAACCACGACAGUUGCACCAACAACUACAACAGUUGCACCA